GAUUAUACAAGAUUUUACAAUAGCAUUUGCUUGCUGGUUAUUAGUUAUUAUUAAUUGUGAAUAAUCAUUAUUUUGUGUGUGUUUGAGACAGUUUUUGAUGGACGCUGUGAAGUUUUAUAACGUUAAUGUUAAAGCGGAAUGAAAGAAGCCAGAUAACCGCCGGACUCAUUUUAGCGACGGACCCUCGCCGAGUUGUUUUGUUGACAUUUCUUUCCAGCGCUUCAACUGCUCGCUAAUUAGUUCAAGUUCUAAUUUAAAUGUUACUUUUGUGUUUUAAAUGAGUGUUUUUACAACAUGUGGAAGAAAGAAUCCGACCGCUUUGAGUUCUUACAAACUCUCGUCACGGAGUUCCAGGAUACGGACAGCGAUGAGGCUAAGGAGCAAGUUCUGGCCAAUCUGGCCAACUUUGCGUACGAUCCAAAGAACGUGGACUUUCUGAAGCAGCUGCAGGUGCCCGACCUCUUCUUGGACAUGCUCACAGAGGACAACCACAACUUUGUGGAGUUCGGAAUGGGCGGGCUGUGCAACCUCAGCACGGAGCCGGAGUGCCGUGACGCCAUCCUGCAGGGGGGCGGGGUCUCCUUGAUCACAAACUGUCUGUCCAGUCCCAGGGAGGAGACCGUCCUGUCCGCCAUCGCCACCCUCAUGAACCUGGUCACCCCGUCCUCGCGCCAGGAGAUCAGCCAGGCCGGCCUGGUGCAGUGCAUGUUGCGCUUCUCCCUCAGCGAGAGCCCCCGCCUGCGCAACCUGGCCGCCGUCUUCCUGCAGGACUGCUGCAGCCAGGAGCAGGUCUCACGGGCCCAGCAGCAGACCACGGGACAGCAGACUGUGGUCGGCAUCCCGCUGCCCAGGGACUGAAGCUGCUGGUGUCUCCGGUGGACUACUUGAUCCUCUUUAUUGACCACCUGUUGCAUGAUUUAGCAUCAGGUUACUUCACUUUCAUCCCUUUUCAAAAAUAAAAAAAAAUAAAAAAAAUUGUCCUCAAAAUUCUACACAUAAUACCCCAUAAUUAAAUUGUGAAAAUGAUUUAGAU